AUGAUCUAUAAUUCAUGUUUAUUAGUUUCUUCUAUUUGUCAUUGUAAAUCUGUCCCCAUUGAAGCAUUCUAUCAUCCAUUAACAUAUUCGUACGUAGCAGAUGACGAAUAUGAUACGCUCCCACCAUUACCACCACAAAUGAAAGCUCCGCCUAAGAAAGCAGCACAUCUACUCGAUAUACCUACUGGUAAUAAUGCUUGGAGUUCUGUCUUACAACAAGCCGAAGUGCGACGACGUAAACGCCUUCAGACCACUCCAGAACAUCCUCGUCGUGCAUUAUUUUGUUUAACACUUGACAAUAAAUUACGUCGAUCGUGUAUUAAAUUAGUCGAAUGGAAACCUUUUGAAUAUUUGGUACUGUUUACCAUAUUUUGUAAUUGCGCUGCAUUAGCUCUUAGUAAACCUCUACCGAAUAAUGAUACAACACCAACAAAUUACAUCUUAGAACAAAUUGAAUAUAUCUUUCUGGCAAUAUUUACUUUCGAAGUGAUUUUGAAGAUUAUUGCCUAUGGUUUAUGUCUACAUCCAAAUGCGUAUCUCAGAAGUGGAUGGAAUUUUCUUGAUUUCAUUAUUGUUGUAGUCGGUUUUUUAAGUGUAUUUUUGGUUCGAUAUAAUGUACAAGGUUUUGAUGUCAAAUCACUACGAGCAUUUCGUGUUAUUCGACCAUUGAAACUUGUCAAUGGUGUACCGAGUUUACAAAUUGUCUUGAAUUCUAUUCUACGAGCAAUGCUACCUUUGUUGCAUAUCGCUUUGUUAGUAUUAUUUGUCAUUAUAAUCUAUGCUAUCAUUGGCCUGGAAUUAUUCUGUGGUAAAAUGCAUAUGACUUGUUAUUAUAAUGGAACAAAUAUCAUGUCACGCGCCGAUGAAGAUAGACCCUGUGGUGAUAAGGGACGACGAUGUCCAGAAAAUCAAGAAUGCAAAGAUAUUGGUUGGACUGGCCCCUGGCAUGGUUUCAUCAAUUUCGAUAAUUUUGGAUUAGCAAUGUUAACAGUAUUUCAGUGUAUCACCAUGGAAGGAUGGACAUCAAUAUUAUACAAAAUGAAUGACGCUAUCGGUCGCGACUGGGCAUGGAUUUAUUUUGUUUCGUUAAUUAUCAUUGGAUCAUUUUUUGUCAUGAAUCUUGUCUUAGGUGUUUUAAGCGGUGAAUUUUCGAAAGAAAGAGAAAAGGCUAAGCAAAGAGGCGACUUUCAAAAGCUACGGGAAAUUCAAAUUAUCGAUGAAUCUUUUCGAAAUUAUAUGGCAUGGAUUCGAAAGGCAGAAAUCGGUGACGAUACAAAUGAUGCGAUAGAAAAUAGUGUUGCCCUCGACGCAUCAGGCGAACCGGUAAAAAAAGAAGGUCGAUUCGAAAAGCAUUGUGGCUGGCUCCACGCGAAAUUACGUUACUUACGUAUCUUUCAUGCGUACACACGUCGUCGUAUUCAUGCAUUAGUCAAAUCUCAAGCGUUCUAUUGGAUUGUGAUUCUUCUUGUCUUGAUGAAUACAGUCGUCUUAGCCACUGAAUACUAUGGGCAACCACCGUGGCUAACAGAAACACAAGAAAUAGCCAAUCGCGUUUUCGUGUACCUGUUCUCGUUUGAAAUGUUACUGAAAAUGUAUUCACUCGGUAUCACUGGCUAUUUUGUUUCGAACUUUAAUCGUUUCGAUUGUUUUGUUGUUAUCGCAUCAAUUAUUGAAUUCGUUCUCAUCCAUUUCGGAGUUAUGCCCGCAUUAGGUAUAUCGGUGCUUCGUUGUGUACGUCUAUUGCGCGUAUUCAAAGUCACGCGUUAUUGGACAGCAUUGAGAAAUCUAGUUGCAUCUUUACUUAAUUCAAUGAAAUCAAUCGCAUCUCUACUUCUUCUAUUGUUUCUAUUCAUUGUCAUCUUUGCACUAUUGGGUAUGCAAAUGUUCGGAGGAAAGUUUGAUCAAAUAUUUCAAGUCGAAGAAAAACCACGAAAUAAUUUCGACUCAUUUUGGGGCGCACUAAUCACUGUUUUUCAAAUUUUGACCGGAGAAGAUUGGAAUGAAGUUUUAUAUACAGGCAUUCGCGCUCUGGGCGGUAUGGGUCUUGUAGGCACUGUUGUAUGUGUUUAUUUCAUUGUAUUAUUUAUUUGUGGCAAUUAUAUACUGUUAAACGUCUUCUUGGCCAUCGCCGUUGAUAAUUUGGCUGAUGCAGAAAAUCUAACAGCAGCUGAAGUUGAAGAGCAAAAGAAACGUGAAGCUGCCAAAGAAGAGGAGAAAAAACGCGAAGUAGCUAAAUUAAACGAAACGAAUCAAUUGAAUCCUGCUGUUGAAGAAAUUGAGCCGAAAAAUACAAAGAUACUUCAAAUUGACAAACAAGUGAACGAGGAAGCAAUGAGUGCAUCAUUGGAUGAAGAAAAGCAAAAUGAAUUGGAACAAACAAAUGAUGAAUUGGAAAAAGAAAGAUUAACGAAAGAUGAUGAAGAACAACCUACUGCUAGACCACGACGUGUGUCCGAAUUGAAUAUUGUUGAAAAAGUGAAGUCCAUUCCACCACAUUCAUCUCUAUUUGUGUUUAAACAUACGAACAAAUUUCGUAUCCUUUGUCAUCAUGUUUGUAACCAUCGAGCGUUUGGAUAUGUUGUGUUGGUUUGCAUCUUGUUUUCAAGUGUUUCUCUCGGAGCAGAAGAUCCAGUCGAUUCGGAUUCAUUCCGAAAUAAGAUUCUCAAUACUGCUGAUUACUUCUUUACAGCUGUUUUUACCGUCGAGAUUUGUUUAAAAGUCGUUGCCUAUGGUUUAAUACUUCAUCCGGGUGCAUUCUGUCGGAAUCGUUUCAAUAUUCUUGAUAUCGUCGUUGUCUCUGUUUCCUUAAUAUCGAUGGUAAUCAAAGAUCGUGCAAUGUCCGUCGUGAAAAUUCUUCGCGUACUUCGUGUACUUCGUCCAUUGCGUGCAAUUAAUCGUGCCAAGGGUCUUAAACAUGUUGUUCAAUGCGUUGUCGUCGCUAUCAAAACUAUCGGAAAUAUUAUGCUAGUUACAUUUCUUCUACAAUUCAUGUUUGCUUGUAUGGGUGUACAACUAUUCAAAGGGACUUUUUACUCAUGCAACGAUAAAUCCAUGUUGAGUGAAGUCCAAUGCAGAGGAUUCUAUUUAAAAACCGAUACAAAUAAAAAUCGAAUCAUUAAAUUACCACGUGUAUGGACAAACGCCAAAUUUCAUUUUGAUAAUGUCCCACAAGCACUAUUAACAUUGUUUACUGUGGCAACAUUCGAAGGAUGGCCAAGUCUUUUGCACACAGCUAUCGAUUCUAAAGGCGAAGGCGAAGGACCUGUUUACAAUUAUCGACCAUUUGUAGCCCCAUUUUUCAUAGCAUUCAUCAUUGUCAUCGCCUUCUUCAUGGUAAACAUCUUCGUGGGUUUUGUCAUCGUUACAUUUCAAAAUGAAGGAGAGCAGGAGUAUAAGAACUGUGAAUUAGAUAAAAAUCAACGAAAAUGUAUCGAAUUUGCACUGAAAGCGAAGCCAAUCAAGCGCUACAUACCUGUUCAUAAAGUUCAAUCGAAAAUCUGGUGGUUUGUCACAUCUCCACCAUUCGAAUACGCAAUAUUCUCGCUAAUUAUGAUCAAUACCGUUGUUCUAGCAAUGAAAUAUAAUAAACAACCAGAUAAUUAUUCGAAAGCACUGGAUUAUCUGAAUAUUGUAUUCACUGCCAUCUUUGCUUGUGAAUCUAUUCUUAAAAUGCUUGCUUUCCGUUGUCAAAACUACUUCAGUGAUCCAUCGAAUUGCUGUGAUUUUGUAAUUGUUAUUGGAAGCUUAAUUGAUAUCAUUUACACUGAUCUGAUAGCUCGAGUUUGGAGAUCGCAUCAGCCUGGAACGAAUGUGAUUAGUAUAAAUUUCUUUCGACUAUUUCGUGUUAUGCGCUUGGUUAAAGUGCUCAGUCGAGGAGAAGGCAUUCGGACAUUACUUUGGACAUUUAUCAAAUCAUUUCAAGCACUACCUUACGUUGCACUGUUGAUUGCUAUGCUAUUUUUCAUUUAUGCUGUCAUUGGCAUGCAGAUGUUUGGCAAAAUCGCGUUGGAUGAUGAUACCGCAAUAAAUAUGAAUAACAAUUUUCAGACAUUUUUCAAUUCAUUAUUAGUUCUUUUUCGUUCGUCGACGGGUGAAGCUUGGCAAGAAAUCAUGUACGGUUGUGGACCGAGCGCCAAUCCUAAAUGUGAUAGUCGAUCUCGAUCAGUUAAAAAUGAAAAUUGUGGAAGUUACUUUGCAAUACCAUUUUUUCUGUCAUUUUAUAUUCUAUGUUCAUUUUUGAUCAUCAAUUUAUUUGUUGCUGUUAUUAUGGAUAAUUUUGAUUAUUUGACACGUGAUUGGUCGAUAUUGGGUCCUCAUCAUUUGGACGAAUUUGUUCGACUUUGGUCUGAAUAUGAUCCCGAAGCCAAAGGACGUAUAAAGCAUCUCGAAGUAGUUAAUUUACUUCGAAGUAUCACGCCGCCGUUAGGGUUCGGAAAAUUCUGUCCCCAUCGGACUGCGUGCAAGAAACUGGUCUCCAUGAAUAUGCCGUUGAAUCAAGAUGGAACCGUAAUGUUCAAUGCCACAUUGUUUGCAUUGAUUCGUACGUCGUUGAAAAUCAAAACCGAAGGGAAUAUUGAUCAGGCAAAUGAAGAAUUACGUGCUGUUAUACGGAAAAUUUGGAAACGGACACCGCAAAAAUUACUCGAUCAAAUUAUUCCACCGCCGGGCUCGGAUGAUGAUGUUACUGUCGGAAAAUUCUAUGCGACAUUCCUGAUCCAAGAUUAUUUCCGACGGUUUAAGAAACGAAAAGAACAAGCAGCGAAGAAAAUUCAAUUGGGUUUUUCGGGUGCCAGUAAAAAUUCUGUGGCGUUACAAGCUGGCCUUCGACAGUUACACGAUUUGGGACCUGAAAUACGACGAGCUAUAUCAGGAGAUCUUGACGACGAAGAAACGUUUAAUCGAUUUUGGCGAGAAGAAGAACCACAACAUCGCCGAGAUCAUUCGUUAUUUGGAUCAAUGCUUGAUGCAUUUUCACGCGCAAUCCGUAAACCAUCACAAGUCCAUGGGUACGAGCCUGAUCUAUCGGGACUGAAAAUGUUAGCACCUGGCACACGUCUCCGGCGUGAACCUGAUGGUCCCGUCUCAGUUAAGCUAGAUCCGGAUACGAACUUUCACGUACCAUCACCAUUCCGAAUCGGAGCGAUUUCAGCCGAACGACGUGGCAUCGAACCGGAUCGAUACAUAUUUCAAGUGCCUGAGAAGGAAGAAGAUCCCUUGGGACCGUUAAGAUUAACCGAUCGUCGAGGAAAUAUUCGAAAAGAGACUGAUGCUCAAUUUCAUAAAUCAAUUGAUACUCCUAUUGAAAGCCCAAAUGUUAAUUCUCAUUCAUCUGAGGGCCGUCGCCGUUCUGUCCUCGCGCGUUUAUUCGCACGCCGAAAGCAAGAUAGUCAGGAGUCAACUUUAGUCAAAGGCUCAUCGAGCACCGAUGAUUCGAAUCAAGCAAGAGCAUCAACGAUUAAUCGUGCUUUAAUCGUAGAAAAUGGUGAUACGAUAAGGACACGAGCAGUUUGUUUUACACAAUCUCCAAACUCGCCUCCAAAAAAAUCAGUCACAUUAUCAUCAUUUGAAAACCAACCAUCACAACAAGGCUCGAGACCUUAUUCUACAACGAAUGAACCUAAAGAUAACAUCGAGAAUCUAGUCAAUGCCUGUCUUGAUACGUCAGGUAUUGAUCGUCGUUAUGGUGCAUUGAUCUUAGAAGAAUUACGUGAUUGUACCAACUUAACACCUGAUCAAAUGCGUGAAGCUGCACAUGAGAUAACAACUACACUCGGAUCAAGUUCUCCUCAAUUCGCAUCAUUUACUUCAUCUGUCUAUGAUUCCGUAGCUACACGUAUACCCUCAUCCGAUGAACUAAUCUUUGAUUCCGCCUCGAAUCAAUAUGCCAAUGUGUGA